UCGCCCUAUCGCCAAGGCCAUUAGACUCUUUAUGCGCAAACCGCUGCAUGUGGCUGAGCUCGGUACUAACGUAAGCAGCAAUUUCCAAACAUCACCCAACGUCGGAUGCUUCGCCGAUCUCUUCUCACUCAUGCAUCUUUUCCCCAUCACAUCAAUUGGUUUUGGCGCUGCUGGAUUUUUGUCAAUUGAAGCGUUUGUUUUCGUAUGCACACAUCAAUUAUCGAUUAAUCUAUAGAAAGAGCGUUCAAUUGGAGCAGACCUCUGACGUCACCACCAUGGAGGCUCACGAUGCAGUCGUCUCAUCCAUAUCUUCACGCGUCAAGCACUUCCAUCAGCUGCAGAAGCCGUUUCGCAUCUACCAUGGCGCCACCAACAGCACGCGUCGCUCCCACCGCAGCUCGGAAAACACAAUCGACACCAGCCAGCUGAACCACGUCCUCGCUGUUGAUGCCGCGGCCAAGACGGCCGUCGUGGAGCCGAACGUGCCGAUGGAUCUUCUCGUCACCGAGACGCUGCGCCAUGGGCUGGUGCCGCCCGUGGUGAUGGAGCUGCCGGGCAUUACGGUGGGAGGGGGCUUUUCGGGGACUUCGGGCGAGAGCAGCUCGUUCCGAUAUGGCGCGUUUGACGCCAAUAUCAACUGGAUUGAGAUUGUGCUGCCGGACGGCGAAGUGGUGCGGGCGUCCAAGACGGAGAGGCAGGACCUGUUCUGGGGCGCGGCAUCGGCGUUUGGGACGCUGGGCGUGGUGACGCUGCUGGAGGUGCAGCUGAAGGAGGCCAAGAAGUAUGUGCAGCUGGAGUAUUCGCUUGCGUCGGGACCAGCAGCCAUGCUGAAGCGGGUUCAAAAGGCUUGUGAUGUGCCGGAAAACGACUAUGUCGACGCCAUUGUGUUCUCGAUGGAUACGGCCGUUGUUUGUACGGGAAGACUGACGGAUGGACUGCCAACGGGAACGAAGCCGGUUGGCUUUCUCGGCCGCAGCGAUCCCUGGUUCUACACUCGGGCCAAGGAGGUCGUGGAGCGGCUAAAGACGACGGGGUUGGGCAAUGUGAAGGAAAUGCUCGUCACAGACUUUGUCCCCUUGGAAGAUUAUCUCUUCCGGUACGACCGCGGCGGCUUCUGGACCGCCGUGUACGCUUACCGAUACUUCAUCACGCCCUUCAACAGGAUCACCAGGUACCUUUUGGAUUCCUUCAUGCACGCUCGCGUCAUGUAUCGUGCUGUGCACAAGAGCGGUCUUGCAGAUUACUACAUGGUCCAGGAUGUUGGCGUUCCAUACGACAAGGUUGUUGAGUUCCAAGACUGGCUCGACAAGGAGCUGCACAUUUACCCUCUCUGGAUCUGCCCAUUGCGCAUCCGCCGCGACGACCCAGAUUCAGGCCACGGCUUGCACUCUGAGUUUGCGAAGCCGGAUGUGCCAGAUUUGAUGAAUUUUGGUGUCUGGGGCGGUGUCAAGGGCAAUCGCCGACAAGUCAUCGAAAAGAACCGCGCUCUGGAACGCAAAGUGCAGGAGUUGAAUGGCAAGAAGUGGCUGUACGCUCAUGCAUAUUAUACCGAGGAAGAAUUCUGGUCACACUAUGAUAGGACGUCGUAUGAUGCGCUUAGAAAGAAGUACAAGGCUGAGUAUCUGCCGAGCGUGUACGACAAGGUCAAGGUUGAUGUGGAGGGCGAAGAGAGGGCGAGAAACGCAACGUGGAAGACAAGAAGUAGCGCCGCAUUUUGGGACCUUUGGCCGUUGGCGGGAUUGAGGGGAUUUUAUAGUGCGGUUAAGGGAGGUGAUUACUUGCUGCAGAAGGAGAAGGGGAAGAAGAAGAGCCCGGAGACGGUGGCUGCUGCGGCGGAGGCGACACCGAAGACUAACUAGUAUAUAAUAGAUGUGUGUGUGUGCAUCUUGGAGACGGGAUGUGAGAUACCCUUUGAAGCUUCAGAUUGGGAAGAUGGGAGCUUACUAGACUUGAAUGAUGUUUAUUUUGUUUUCGUAUAGAUAGUAAUUCGAUAUCCAUUAUACACUUUGAUGAUUCCCAUCCCCGUCAUUACUCUUACACAGCCAAAAAGUAUCAUGUUUUCUUCUUUUUUUCUUUCCCUUUUUUGUUCCGA